AUGGAUGAUAUCUUCUCCGAAGAACGGAGACAUUUAAAGUCUACCCGAUCACGUAGGUCUACCACGGACAACAUCAGGAAUAGGAAAUACAAACUGAGUCAUGACUUGACCCCGUCGCCCACAGAAUCAGAGAAUAAGUUUGUCUACACCAAUAUAGGCUUUGCGUCUAGCAUUGACAACGUCAACAAAACCGUUGAAAAUGACGAUGACAAUGUAUUUGUAACAGAGACAAGUCUCGGCAGCACGAAACGAGAUCGCGUGGAAAGUGCGCGUGAUUUUGACAGUGAGACGCAGAAAAAAUCGGAAUGUUCGGGAUGCUGUUUUGCCAUAGUGUUGACCAUUGUCUUAUUAGCUGGACUACUUGCAGGCGUGGCUGUGAUAUUAGUGUUUCAUGUGUUUGGAGUUGAUAAAAUGUCUCAGGAGCUUACAACCUCGUCCAAUACCACGGGCACCACAGUAGCUCCACAAGAAUUGCAGCUACUGGAUGGAGAACUUUCUAUAUACGAUGAUUGGGAUGAUGCGUUAUCAGAUAACACAUCGUCUUUAUAUAAAACUACUGUCAAUAAUAUUACUAAAGAGAUAGACGAUAUAAUGAUUAAUAGCAACCUAGCCUGUCACAGACUUAUAUAUCCGUACAAUCGGGGAAGUAUAAGAGUAUUUUUUAACAUGACGUUUCGAGAGUCUGCAGAACUCGCGCGCCCUGAGGUUCUACCAACCAUGACCGAGUAUAUAAUCAAGGUUGCCAAUUCUGAAGGCACCACGACUUUGAAUAUAAAUCCAGCCACCGUCAUACUGAAGAUUAGAGAUCAAUAUACAACAAAAGCCACUGAAGCAACGCCAGCGUCAAGUACAAUUUCUGAAAGUACAGCCCCAACAAGUACAGCUGCUACCAGUACUACUACGAAAAGUACCACUACCAAAAGUACAGCUUCUUCAAGUACAACUACAAAAACUACACCCACAAGUACAGCUGCUACCAUGACAACUCCAAAAAGUACCACUAAAAAAAGUACAACUCCUUCAGGUACAACUACAAAAACCACACCUAAAAGUACAGCUGCUACCAUGACAACUCCAAAAAGUACCACUACAAAAAGUACAGCUCCUUCAAGUACAACUACAAAAACUACACCUACAAGUACAGCUGCUACCAUGACAACUCCAAAAAGUACCACUAAAAAAAGUACAACUCCUUCAGGUACAACUACAAAAACCACACCUAAAAGUACAGCUGCUACCAUGACAACUCCAAAAAGUACCACUACAAAAAGUACAGCUCCUUCAAGUACAACUACAAAAACUACACCUAAAAGUACAGCUGCUACCAUGACAACUCCAAAAAGUACCACUACAAAAAGUACAGCUCCUUCAAGUACAACUACAAAAACUACACCCACAAGUACAGCUGCUACCAUGACAACUCCAAAAAGUACCACUAAAAAAAGUACAACUCCUUCAGGUACAACUACAAAAACCACACCUAAAAGUACAGCUGCUACCAUGACAACUCCAAAAAGUACCACUACAAAAAGUACAGCUCCUUCAAGUACAACUACAAAAACUACACCUACAAGUACAGCUGCUACCAUGACAACUCCAAAAAGUACCACUACAAAAAGUACAACUCCUUCAAGUACAACUACAAAAACCACACCUAAAAGUACAGCUGCUAACAUGACAACUCCAAAAAGUACCACUACAAAAAGUACAGCUCCUUCAAGUACAACUACAAAAACUACACCUACAAGUACAGCUACUACCAUGACAACUCCAAAAAGUACCACUACAAAAAGUACAGCUUCUUCAAGUACAACUACAAAAACUACACCCACAAGUACAGCUGCUACCAUGACAACUCCAAAAAGUACCACUACAAAAAGUACAGCUCCUUCAAGUACAACUACAAAAACUACACCUAAAAGUACAGCUGCUACCAUGACAACUCCAAAAAGUAUAGUAUCUACAAGUACAACUCCAAAUAUUGUAACUAGUACAAGCACAAUUCCACAAAGGACAACCAAAGAAACGACGUCAACUACUUCAGUCCCAGAUUUGUGUGAAAAAGUGACAGUAGACGCUUGUGUUGCCAUGGGAAUAAAUAAGACCGUGUUUCCGAACAUGAUACAGUCUAGUAACCAAAGUGAGGCUGUCGCGUCUUACGACAUUUUCCUUCCAAUGACGUGUUCCGACAAUGCACAUCACAUGUUAUGUGCCUUGUUGUUCUUUACGUGUGAUGAGGGGAGGCCAGUUUAUCCAUGUCGUAGUUUGUGUGAAGUUGUCCUGUCCGAGUGCGGUUCUGGGUUCCCAUUGGUCACGGCCGACCUGUGUGCAAUAUUACCAGAAACUGACUGUGUGGCCGCUCUCCCUCCACGUGUAAGCACCACACCAUCUCCGGAUGUGUCAACCACCGUCAAACCAGAUUUGUGUGAAGAAGUGACAGUGGACGCUUGCGUUGCCAUGGGAAUAAACAUGACCGUGUUUCCGAACAUGUUACAGUCUAGUAACCAAAGCGAGGCUGUGGCUUAUUACGACAAUUUCCUUCCAAUGACGUGUUCCGACAAUGCACAUCACAUGUUAUGUGCCAUGUUGUUCUUUACGUGUGAUGAAGGAAGGCCAGUUUAUCCGUGUCGUAGUUUGUGUGAAGUUGUCCUGUCCGAGUGCGGUUCUGGGUUCCCAUUGGUCACGGCCGACCUGUGUACAAUAUUACCAGAAACUGACUGUGUGGCCGCUCUCCCUCCACGUGUAAGCACCACACCAUCUCCGGAUGUGUCAACCACCGUCAAACCAGAUUUGUGUGAAGAAGUGACAGUGGACGCUUGCGUUGCCAUGGGAAUAAAUAAGACCGUGUUUCCGAACAUGAUACAGUCUAGUAACCAAAGUGAGGCUGUCGCGUCUUACGACAUUUUCCUUCCAAUGACGUGUUCCGACAAUGCACAUCACAUGUUAUGUGCCAUGUUGUUCUUUACGUGUGAUGAGGGGAGGCCAGUUUAUCCGUGUCGUAGUUUGUGUGAAGUUGUCCUGUCCGAGUGCGGUUCUGGGUUCCCAUUGGUCACGGCCGACCUGUGUGCAAUAUUACCAGAAACUGACUGUGUGGCCGCUCUCCCUCCACGUGUAAGCACCACACCAUCUCCGGAUGUGUCAACCACCGUCAAACCAGAUUUGUGUGAAGAAGUGACAGUGGACGCUUGCGUUGCCAUGGGAAUAAACAUGACCGUGUUUCCGAACAUGUUACAGUCUAGUAACCAAAGCGAGGCUGUGGCUUAUUACGACAAUUUCCUUCCAAUGACGUGUUCCGACAAUGCACAUCACAUGUUAUGUGCCAUGUUGUUCUUUACGUGUGAUGAAGGAAGGCCAGUUUAUCCGUGUCGUAGUUUGUGUGAAGUUGUCCUGUCCGAGUGCGGUUCUGGGUUCCCAUUGGUCACGGCCGACCUGUGUGCAAUAUUACCAGAAACUGACUGUGUGGCCGCUCUCCCUCAACGUGUAAGCACCACACCAUCUCCGGAUGUGUCAACCACCGUCAAACCAGAUUUGUGUGAAGAAGUGACAGUGGACGCUUGCGUUGCCAUGGGAAUAAACAUGACCGUGUUUCCGAACAUGUUACAGUCUAGUAACCAAAGCGAGGCUGUGGCUUAUUACGACAAUUUCCUUCCAAUGACGUGUUCCGACAAUGCACAUCACAUGUUAUGUGCCAUGUUGUUCUUUACGUGUGAUGAAGGAAGGCCAGUUUAUCCGUGUCGUAGUUUGUGUGAAGUUGUGCUAUCCGAGUGUGGCACGGGGUUCCCAUUGGUUACAGCUGACUUAUGUCGAAUACUUCCGACAACCGAAUGCGUGUUCCCUCUCCGUACAACUACCACGACUACAGAUGUGUCCACCACAACCGCAUCCACCACCCUCAAACCAGAGUUAUGUGAAGCCGUGCGGGUACCUGAAUGCCUUGCAUUUGGAAUGAAUGCGACAGUUUUUCCAAACCUGUUCAAAAAUGAGGACCAAGAUACCGCAAUCACCAUUUUCCAGACCUACCUUCCGCAAGCCUGUUCCGAACAUGCUCGCCAUUUUCUGUGUGCAUAUCUGUUUCUUUCCUGUGAUAAUGGACUUCCGAAGUAUCCUUGUCGUAGUCUGUGUGAAGCCGCCCUGAAUGACUGUGGGGACGGAUUCACUGUAGUGACACAGCAGCUGUGUCAGGCCUUACCGACAGAUAACUGUGUACCUCCUCUGAUAUCAUCAUCAACGACUGUGGUUUCAUCCACAACGACCGUUACUCCAGAUUUAUGUGAAGCAGUUCGCGUGCCUGAGUGUGUUACUGUCGGGCUUAAUACGACGGUGUUUCCUAAUCUGUUCCAACAAGGCGACCAAGAUACCGCCAUUACCGUUUUCCAGACCUAUUUAUCCGUUGCCUGUUCUGAUAAUGCUCGUCAUAUGCUUUGUGCAUCAUUGUUCUUGAAAUGUGACCAAGGCAUUCCUCUGUAUCCAUGUCGAAGUCUCUGUGAAGCUGCCCUGAGUGACUGUGGAGACAGCUUCCCAAUUGUAAAUGAACAACUGUGUCAGGCCUUACCGACAGAAAAUUGUGUACCUCCUCUGUUAUCAUCAUCAACAACUUCAACGACUGUAUCUACAUCUACAACGACCGUUACUCCAGAAACAUGUGAUCCUGUUCAACUAAAUGCUUGUAAGAUGCAGGGAUUUAACAACACGCGGUUUCCAAAUGUAUUUCUGGAGAAAGACCAAACCACUGCCAUGGAGAGCUACAGCAGAGAUUUCGAAGCAACAUUUAACAGCAAUUGUUCGUCGGAUGUUGGACGAUUCAUCUGCUCUCAGUUGUUUCCGACAUGUGACAGAGGCGCCAGUUAUCUCCCCUGUCGACAUUUCUGUGAAGCUAUUAACCAAGCUUGCUCCGUGAACCUUCCUUAUCCCUUUUACUGCCAAGAUUACCCCGUGUACAAUGGUUCGGACAAUUGUAUGCUUCCUGAUUUCAAACGACCAUCCUGUGCUGGAGGUUGGGUCUCCUGUCUCGCUGAAUCUAAAUGUAUCCCAACAUCCUCAGUAUGCGACCGGAAGGUAGAUUGCAUCGGUUGGACGGAUGAAAGUAAAUGUAGUUGUGAUGAUGAGUUCGAAUACCAGUGUAAAAUGGGAAUGUGUAUUGAGUCUUACCAGAGAUGUGAUGGUGUCAAACAGUGCCCGGAUGGCAGCGACGAGGAACUUUGCCAGUGCCCUAACGGUCAGCAUGAAUGCGGGGACGGCACGUGCAUUAUGGCAGAGUGGGUAUGUGAUGGAGAAGUGGACUGUCCUGACCGAUCGGACGAAGCAAUGUGUGAGACUUGCUUGACAUCCGAAUUCUCGUGUCUGGACGGUAAUUGUGUCGAUAAAAAAGAAAGAUGUGACUUUCAUAAAAACUGUCCUGACCAGUCUGACGAAAGGGAGUGCUUGAUCCGAGAUUCUUCUGGUGUUUUGAAAAUCGCCUCCGAUCAAACAUACGUACCGGUGUGUGCAGAUUCAUGGACAGAUACAUCCGGGUACUUGGCCUGCGAAAAACUAGGGGACAAACGGACCGUCAAUAGUAGUAGCAUGACUUACACAAGUGCCUUAUACGCCAGCAUUAACAUUACUGGAUCUCACAACAGCUACCUCGGUCGCGUCAAUAUUGGUCCAUUAUGUAAGGACAAUAAGGUUGUGGUGAUCACGUGUGUCCCUAGAGAUUGCGGUCGUCGUCACGUGACUGAUGGUAUUGUCCAAUACAUUGUCAAUGGUGAUGCUGCGGUGCCCGGGGCAUGGCCAUGGCAGGGGUCACUGCAGGUCGGAGAUUUCGGCAACCAUAUUUGUGGGGCCUCCCUAAUAUCUCCCGACUUUAUAGUGACUGCUACACACUGUGUAAACGAUUUCCUAGACCCAACAUCAAUGAGUGUCGUAUUCGGAACCACCAACCGAGUUACAGGUGGCGUUACCAAGGAAACGUACAAGGUGAAGAGAGUAAUAAAGGCCGAUAACUCUUACUAUCGUUUUGGACCGGGAGAUUUGUCGUUGUUUCAGCUAGCUCACAGUGUAAAGUAUACGCCUUAUAUUCAACCUAUUUGUCUACCAGAGGAAGGAGAAAUAUUCCCGGAGACAGCGAUAUGCUAUACCACUGGAUGGGGAAGGACGGAACCCGAAGGCGAGUACUCCGUUACAUUAAAUGAACUGAAGAUGAAAUUGUGGACACUACCCAAGUGCAACGGAACGAAUGGUUGGAACGGGACGAUUGCUGACACGUACAUGUGUGCUGGGUAUUACAGUGGCAUAAAGUCAGUGUGUAAGGGAGAUAGCGGCGGUCCUCUAGUAUGUAAAGAUACAAUGGGAACUUGGAAGCUGGUCGGAGUGUCCAGUUAUGUGUCCAGUUACUGCAACUGGACAGCCAGACCGAAUGUAUUCACAGAUGUCCGACGUUAUGUCAACUGGAUCAAUACAACUACCACGUCGGUGUUUACUUGUAAUAACGGCCAACGUUUGUACGACGCGCAACAACUGUGUAACAGAGAAGACGACUGUGGUGAUGGUAGUGAUGAAGCGACCAACUGCCCCAUCAGCGUUAAUUGUACCUUCGAUGAUCCGUUUUUGUGUGGCUAUGAAGUUGACGGAUUUUCAUGGGAACAUGGCAAUAACAGAUCACAGUAUCCCACUAAUCUUCCUCCUGCCGAUCACACUAGAGGGCGCUGGCCUGGCAGGUACUUGGUUGGCGCGAGUAUUACCAGACCAGAAGGCAGAGUUACUUCACCAUUGCUGAACCUUGUUCUUGCCUCGUGUUUGCGGUUCCACUACAACAUUCGUGGUGAAGUGAUAUCCAACAUGUUCGUUCGCGUCUAUAAUGAGAGCAGCAAGGCCGACCCUAAAUCACGUGUGAUGUGGUCUUCUGGUAAGGGAAUCUUCUCAGACCAGUGGUCAACUGGUUAUCUUGACCUUCCAGCAGGACGUUACUAUCUUGCAUUCAUCACUUCUGAUAAGAUGCGGGUCGCUAUUGACGACGUCAUGGUGCAUCCUGGGAUAUGCAGCACAGCAGUAUGCAAUACAGAUGAAUUCCGAUGUGAUUCUGAUCCAAUGAAAAUUACAUGUAUUCCACUGGAGUCGAAAUGUAACAUUGUUAUCGAUUGUCCUGGGGGAGAAGACGAGGGAGCUUCAACUUGCACUGCCGAACCAUCCACACCAACUUUUACCUGUGAUUUUGACGAUAGCGCCAGGUGUGGAUUUCAGCAGGAUACUAGUGAUACAGGUGAACUUGUGAUUGCCAACAAAACGUACCUGGACACCGUUCUCCUGCAUCAGGCAUUCAGUGACCAUACCUCUGGUCAAAAAGAGGGGUUCAUGCUGUUCGCCUUUCAGACAAUUUUCUUAAAAGAUGAGGACAUUAUCAUAAGACAGAAGCUUAAUCUUGAAAUGUUCGAUCACUGUCUGGUAUUUUACUUCAAAGGAAACACGGAAGCAGAAUUUAAGGUUGAUGCUGAAUACUCUGACGGUCCUGACACUAAUUUAUGGAACUUCACAACGGGUCGGUCGUUUGGUUGGGCUAAGGCACAGAUCCAACUCCCUCGGGAAUCAGUAGUGACCCUACGUUACAGCAUAACGCAGGCACAGGACCGCACCAUGAUCUUCUCCACGCCAUACUUAGCUCUUGACGACUUCUCAAUAUCAAGAGGAGUGUGUCCUACAUACGAUUGUGCUGCCACCUUGUCCAAGUGCGGUUCUCAGAACUUCUGUUACCCAGCUACAGCUGGGUGUGAUAGGAUAGUCGAUUGCUUGGACGAGACUGACGAGGCAUUGUGUGAAUGCACAGAUUCUGAAUAUCAGUGUUUGAAUGGCCGAUGUUUACCGGCGUCGAAACAAUGUGACACACGUCUGGACUGUCUGAAUGGGGACGACGAGGGGUCAGUCUGUGACCCCUUACGAACAGUGUCCUGUAAUUUCGAAACUCCGUUUAUGUGUGACUACAAAACCAAAGAGGUCAAUGGUUACAGAUGGAUAAGGAAUUCUGGAACGACACCCUCGUCCUAUACCGGUCCAUCAGUAGACUUCAACCCAGGGACAUCACAAGGAAGCUACAUGUACGCUGAGGGAAGUGACGGUAACCAUGGUGAUAACUGUAGCUUAGUCUCGAUACCAUUCAUCCCGACUUCCGGUCAGAGUGUAUCUUUCUUCUAUCACAUGUUUGACAAUGCAUUCUGGGUAGAUAUCGGUGGCCUCGAGGUCCUGUCAUACACAGUGACCAAUGGUGAAGAGACACGGCUUUGGUUUAAAAACACUUCAACAGGAAACCUUUGGACCAAUGGAUGUGUUGACCUUGCUGCCGGUGUUGAGGUCAAGGUCAUAUUUCGUGCCUUCAGGACGAUUGCCAUCGAUAAAUAUGACGCAGAUAUAGCGAUUGAUGGUAUUAUGCUACAGAAUAAAACAUGUUCAGAUACAAACUUUUCUUCAACAACAUCUGUUCCAGUUACCACCACCACUACCACAGCAGGAAGCUGUGGUCCUGGGAAAUUCACGUGCGGAAGUGGUCAGUGUAUUCGUUUAGAAGAACGUUGUGAUACUAUCAAAGACUGUCUGGACAAUAGUGAUGAGGCUAACUGUCCAGUAGGAUGA